CAGGUAAGGAGAUGUUUAUAUACAAAAAAAACUACAAUCCCCACAAUGCCCCGUGUUGGAUGAUCGCUUACGCGGCAAUUGACUACUAUUCGCGGUGCCUCCCGGGAGAUGUAGUUUGUUUGGGGGCGACAUCACGCUUGAGGCCCGUGAGGAGGAGAAGGAGGCUUUGGCGGCGGUAGUGAGUGUGGCUGGUGCUGGAGCGGAGAGGGCGGCCCAGCAUUGGAACUCAGGCGCCGCCAUGUCUCUCGUGGCCUAUGCUAGCAGUGACGAGAGCAGCUCUGACAGCGAGGCGGCUCCGGAGUCCGAGGUGAACGCAGAGGAGCAAGAGGCAGAGCCUGCAGCAGAUUAUUCUGGGUCUUAUCCGCCUCAGUGUGAGGGAGAACAGCAGCAAAACGGCCCGGGAUACUGUGGGCCGCCACCAGGGCUCGGUUACCGGCCUCCUGGGUAUUACGGACAUGGGGGAUAUGGCGCUGGGCCUCCCACUUACCCCUCUGCUCAGGGCUAUGGCGGCUACAGUAACAGCCAGGGCCCCUCUGUUUAUUCCCACGUGGGUUAUGGGCCCCAGGGCCCCACCCCCAGUCAUGUCAACUUCCCACCCCCUGGCCUUAACCUGCCUCCUCCACAGCAUGGGCCCCACCACCUUCCUCCGCCCACAGGGGGGUCAGCAAUGAACUUGCCUCUUCCUCCUCCUCAAAGAGCCCAUGGGCCACUUCAGGGUGGGCCAGGACUUAAUUUGCCUCCCCCACAGGGAAAUCAUGGCCUAAAUUUGCCUCAUCCUCAAGGAGGGAAUGGGCUGAAGUUACCUCCCCUGCAGAGUGGCCCAGGCAUGAAUCACCCACCCCUGCAGAGUGGCCCAGGUAUAAAUCACCCACCCCCGCAGAGUGGCACAGUUAUGAAUCUCCCACCCACGCAGAAUGGCACAGGUAUGAAUCUCCCACCCCCGCAGAGUGGUUCAGUCAUUAAUCUCCCACCCCCACAGAGUGGUACAGGCAUGAAUCUCCCACCCCUGCAGAAAAGCACAGGUAUGAAUCUCCCGCCCCCACACAGUAGCACAGGCUUGAAUCUGCCACGCCACGAAAUGGGAACACGCAUGAAUCUGCCUCCCCCACAAAGUAGUCCAGGAAUGAGUCUGCCUCCGCCACAUGGAGUGUGUCCUCAAAGUGCUACUGGAAUGAACCAACCUUCACCAGCAAGUCCAGGCGUAAUGCACCAGCCUCCUCCCCCGGGUACGUCUGCAAUGAAUUUGCCUCCGCCGCAAGGUGGUUCUGGGCUCAGUUUUCCACCACCAAAUCCUGGCAUGAACCCCCCUCCAGCUCAUGGACUAAAUCUCCCUCAGAGUGGCCAGGUGUUAAAUAUCCCUCCUCCACAGCUAAGUCCUACCUCCGCAAGCGCAAUUGACCAUCGGAUUCCUCUCCCAACACCUGCCUACAAUGUGAACCUGCCUCCGGCGUCUAUAGAAAAUGUAGCAAUUCCCAAACCAAAGAAGAGAACAGAGCCGGUGAAAAUCACUGUCCCUGAAGUGCACGGAGCAGGGUCUGAUUCGGAGGAAGAUGAACCAGUGAGAAAGAAAGCGGUGGUCCAGGGAUCUAGAGAGGGCUACGGCUUAUCCGCGUUCCUGCCUCAGCCGAAAAAUGCUUCCGGCUCCGAUUCAAAGCAACAGCCCCUUCCGUACAACUUUACAAAGAAAGCCUCCGAUUUAGCCAGUGAUCUAAAGCACCCCAAAACCACAUCUCUAACCAAACCGAAACUGUCUUCAAAACCCGAAGUCUCUAACACGCCCUCUCCGUCGGCCAUCAAAGCUGCAGCUAAGAAUGCCGCCCUGCAGGUCACCAAGCAAAUCACGCAGGAAGAAGAUGAGGAGAUUGAUGAGGAUCUCCAACAUGGCAAUUUCUUCUCACUGUCGGACAUCAAGGAGACCCCUGCCAUGAUGAGUGACAGCUCUCAAUACCCUGGCCCUACUGUUGAUGAAAUUGCACCCCCUGGAGUUGAGCCUGUGGAGUUGCAAAAUGAUGCAGCUAAUGCACCCCUAGACUUUAAGACUGCAGCAGGAUCAAUUGACAACCACCAAGGGGGUGCCCCAACUACAGAAGCUUUCACUAGCCAGCCAUACAGACAGUAUCCCGAGUAUCCCGAUACCUCUGCAUCAGGUUAUUACCAGGAUUAUUACAGCAGUGGCUACUAUCAAGAAUCUGAUUCGUCUCCUACAACUGCCGCAGAGGAUUCCAUCAUGGAUGAUGAAGCUUUUAAACGCCUGCAAGGGAAACGGAACCAAGGCCGAGAGGAAAUUAACUUUGUGGAGAUUAAAGGGGAUGAUCAACUAAGUGGGAACCAGCAGUGGAUGACAAAAUCGUUGACAGAAGAGAAGACGAUGAAGUCUUUCAGUAAGCGGAAAGGAGAGCAGCCAACAGGGCAACAAAGAAGAAAGCACCAGAUCACAUACCUCAUCCACCAGGCUAAGGAGAGGGAGCUAGAGCUGAAGAACAGUUGGUCAGACAACAAGUUGAGCCGACGACAGACACAAGCAAAAUAUGGCUUUUGAAAUACUAAUAUGGCCGGUUUGAAUUAAACAAAAUGGCCAUAUGCGAGAGGUCAGAAAGCAAGACUGUACUGUCGUGAACUAGUGCUGACAGUCCCAUGACACCACACUCUGCUGGCUUGUCCCGUCCAAGAGGUUUCGCAGUUAAGACUGGAGCAGUGAAAGGGCUUAUUUGACGAUUACUACUCUCGCUGGGAUUGGUGGGCCAUAAUGCAGUUUAACUUUUGCUCUGCCAGAAUCUGUGCAGUAUUGUCUGUUUUUUAACUGCUGUGGGAGAAGUUAAAGGGGUGGUUCACCUUUAAGGUGACUUUUAGUAUUUUCUAGAACGGCCAGUUCUAAGCAACUUUUCAGUUGGUUUCCAUUAUUUAUUUUUCUAUAGUUAUUUGUUUUUUUUUCAUCCGACUCUUUGCAGCUUUCAAAUGGGCGUCGCUGACCCCUUCCAAAAAGCAAAUGCUCUGCGAGGCUACAAAUGUAUUAUUAUUGUUCUUUAUCACUCAUCUUUCUAUUCAGCCCCACUCCGAUUCAUAUUCCAGUCACUUAUUUAAAUCAAUGCAUGGUUGCUAGGGUAAUUUGGACCCUGGCAACUAGAUUGCUGAAACUGCAAACUGGAGAGCUGCUGAAUAAAAUGUGCAGGAAGUGAGUAAUGCACGAAGAACUGAGCAGGAAGCCAUUCUUUGUCAAAGAGUAGGAAUUUAAGCAUUCGUUUAAAGGACAACGUCAUCCAAAGUGUUCUAAGUCGUUUUAGUAAUUUGUAAAUGUAAUUGCUAUUGGUAGCAUCAGGAUUAAAGGGAAACUUCCCA